CUAUGAACCAUUUCCUGAUAUAUUUCUUGGUUCAAAAUCAGAAAAUAUUAUUUUACAAAAUAAUAUUUUAGAUAUUUUAGUCGAAUUUUAUAACAAUAGAGUAACAGAUUAUCAAUUUACUACUCCAGGAGAUAUAUCAGGAAUUGAUCAAAUAUUU